AUAAUUCAAUCUCGUUUGACUAGUAUUGAAUACUAGAAGUAUGAAGGUGCACUGUUAUCUUUUUGGGAUUUUUGCAGUACUUACAUCUUUGGCUCUCUGCAAUGGCCACUUUGAAGAUCAUAAUAAAGUAACAUUAGAUGAAGUCCAACAGAAUCCGAUGGAUUCUAGAAUUUUUCACGAUGAAGAACAUGUGAGAGAUCAUUUGAAAGAUGCAAAGCUUGCCGAUGAAAAGAUUUCAGAUGAAGAAAUUGAAUUUCACAUUUUCGAACAGCACGAUAGUGAUCACAAUUUGGCCUUAGAUGGAAUUGAAUUCCGACAGAUAUUUUUACAUUACUUUCAUAAUGAAACUAUGUCUACAGUAGAAUAUCACAAUCUAUUAAAAUCAGUGCAUAGAAUCGUUGACAUCUGCCUAAAUUCAUUUGAUCGAGAUAACGACGGAUUUCUGCAAUAUCAUGAGUACAGAAAGGCUACAUUGGCGAUAAAUAAUGUAGUUACUGAAGAAUUGUCGAAAGCGAAAAAUUAG